AAAGUCAAUAUCGAAGCCAAGGAAAACAUUGCCUGCAGUGCCACAUUAGAACAGCUUGAAGACCGUUCAUUUUUAAGUGACAAGAGACUCGCCUCCAAGAAGCAAUUGUGUUUUCAGAAUGAUUUUAUUCAAGCAAGCAACUUAUUUCAUUUCCUUGUUUGCUACAGUUUCCUGUGGAUGUCUGACUCAACUAUACGAAAACACCUUCUUCAGAGGUGGGGAUGUAGCUUCCAUGUACACCCCAAACGCCCAGCACUGCCAGAUGAUGUGCACAUUCCACCCAAGGUGUUUGCUAUUCAGUUUUCUUCCAGCAAGUUCCAUCAAUGACAUGGAGAAAAGGUUUGGUUGCUUCUUGAAAGAUAGUGUUACAGGAACCCUGCCAAAAGUACAUCGAGCAGGUGCAAUUUCUGGACAUUCCUUAAAGCAAUGUGGUCGUCAAAUAAGUGCUUGCCACCGAGACAUUUAUAAAGGAAUUGAUAUGAGAGGAGUCAAUUUUAACGUAUCUAAGGUCAGCAGUGUUGAAGAAUGCCAAAGAAGGUGCACCAAUAACAUUCGCUGCCAAUUUUUUUCAUAUGCCACACAAACAUUUCACAAUGCAGACUACCGGAACACUUGCCUAUUAAAGCACAGUCCCGGAGGAACACCUACCACUAUAAAGGUGCUGAAUAACGUGGAAUCUGGAUUCUCACUGAAGCCCUGUGCCCUUUCAGAAAUUGGCUGUCACAUGAACAUCUUCCAGCAUCUUGCCUUCUCAGAUGUGGAUGUUGCCAGAGUUCUCACUCCAGAUGCUUUUGUGUGUCGAACCAUCUGCACCUAUCAUCCCAAUUGCCUCUUCUUUACGUUCUAUACGAAUGCAUGGAAGAUCGAGUCACAAAGAAAUGUUUGUUUUCUUAAAACAUCUGAAAGUGGCACACCAAGUUCCUCUACUCCUCAAGAAAAUACCACAUCUGGAUACAGCCUUUUAACCUGCAAAAGAACCUUACCUGAACCCUGCCAUUCUAAAAUUUACCCGGGAGUUGACUUUGGAGGAGAAGAAUUGAACGUGACUUUUGUUAAAGGAGUGAAUGUUUGCCAAGAGACUUGUACAAAGAUGAUUCGCUGUCAGUUUUUCACUUAUUCUUUAGUCCCAGAAGACUGUAAGGAGGAGAAGUGUAAGUGUUUCUUAAGAUUAUCUUCGGAUGGUUCUCCAACUAGGAUUACAUAUGGGACACAAGGGAGCUCUGGUUACUCUCUGAGAUUGUGUAACACUGGGGACGGCUCUGUCUGCACAACAAAAACAAGCUCACGCAUUGUUGGAGGAACAAACUCUUCUUGGGGAGAGUGGCCCUGGCAGGUGAGCCUGCAGGUGAAGCUGACGGCUCAGAGGCACCUGUGUGGAGGGUCACUCAUAGGACACCAGUGGGUCCUCACUGCUGCCCACUGCUUUGAUGGGCUUCCCUUACCGGAUGUUUGGCGCAUUUAUAGUGGCAUUUUAAAUCUGUCAGACAUUACAAAAGAAACACCUUUCUCACAAAUAAAAGAGAUUAUUAUUCACCAAAACUAUAGAAUCUCAGAAGGGAAUCAUGAUAUCGCCUUAAUAAAACUCCAGGCUCCUUUGAAUGACACUGAAUUCCAAAAACCAAUAUGCCUACCUUCCAAAGGUGACACAAACACAAUUUAUACCAACUGUUGGGUAACUGGAUGGGGCUUCUCGAGAGAAAAAGGUGAAAUCCAAGAUAUUCUACAAAAGGUAAAUAUUCCUUUGGUAACAAAUGAAGAAUGCCAGAAAAGAUAUCAAGAUUAUAAAAUAACCCAGCGGAUGGUCUGUGCUGGCUAUAAAGAAGGGGGAAAAGAUGCUUGUAAGGGAGAUUCCGGGGGUCCCUUAGCUUGCAAACACAAUGGAAUGUGGCGUUUGGUGGGCAUCACCAGCUGGGGUGAAGGUUGUGCCCGCAGGGAGCAACCUGGUGUCUACACCAAAGUCGCUGAGUACAUGGACUGGAUUGUAGAGAAAACACAGAGCAGUGAUGGAAACGCUCGGAUACAGGCGCCAGCGUGAGGAGCAGCCCAGCGUCUCGGCGAUUUUUACAACCUGGGUUCAAGUCAAAUUCUGAGCCGUGGGGGUCCUCAUCUGCAAAGUAUGGAGAGUGGCAUCUACUUUGCAUCCUGUCAUAAGGACACAAGACAGUGCACUCAGAGCUGCUGAGGACGAUGUUUUGCUGAAGCCAGCUUUCAGCGUUCAGUAACUGGGAGCUGAUAAUGUGAAGUCGCAACCGGGAUCUCCAUGAUUGUGUGUUGUAAAAUAAAAUGGUGAAAGA